UGACAUCAAUUAAGUAAAGUUCAUCUUCAGAUGCUUAUUGGGCUUCUUCUACUUUUUCUGCUCUCCGUCACCUACGGCCAGGUGCCUCCCACGGAUAGAAACUGCGGUCAUGACCUGGCGAAUCUCUGGUUGGACGUAGUCGUUGUAGUCGACAACUCGGCUCCGAUGACACAAGAGGGGCUUACAGAGGUGGCUGCCCAAAUUGUGACAGUGUUUGGCGCUGGCACGAGGAUUGGGACGAAUUAUAUCGAUAAAAGGACAACCCGAGUUGGAUUGGUUACCUACAACACUGAGGCAACAAUUCAAGCCGAUCUAAAUCGCUUCCAGUCGCCAGAUGAUCUUUUCAGCACGGUAUUUCAAAUUCUUCCGAAUGACCUGAGCACUUCAGAAGAUGUUUUCCUAGCGAAAGGAAUCGGAGCAGCUGAGCAACUCCUGGCCGCUGGUCGCAAGAACAACACUCGCAAAAACUACAAGCAAAUGGUGAUUGUCUAUGCAUCCGCUUAUAAUGAUGAAGGUGAAGAGGAUCCUAGGCCUAUCGCUGAACGGCUUAAGGCGUCUGGUGUUAGCAUCGCAACUGUCGCUUUUGAUCAGACUGGAGAUGAAGAGAUGAUCAAGCUGAUUGGAGAAAUUGCGACGCCGGGUUUCAAUUUUACGAAUGAAGAUGAAAAUCUGGUUAAGGAAAUUCAAACUGCAAUGAUUCAGACCAACUGCUACUGCUCAAACCUUUGGACUCAAUACCGAGAAACAUUCGAGGACCCUCAUUCUUCAAAAUUCGGAGUUUGCCUGCGCCCGGUGGCUCUGACAGCUGGCUGGACCCCAGCAAAGUUUGCGUGUCAGAAUAUGAUCCAGACGGGGUACAUGGUCACCGAGUAUGAUCAGAAGAAGCAUGACUAUGUUUUCAAACUUGUCCGCAACGACACUUCAUUCCCCGAGCCCUAUGUGUAUCACAUCGGACUGAGCUAUGUGAAUGGAGGAUAUGCGUGGCAACAACCUGUGGGUCACGCGUUGGUGCCGCUUAACGAUAGCCUAUGGAAUCCAGGAUUCCCUACACAAUCAUCUACGACCACCGCCGUCCUCAAUCAGCAAUCCAGCAGUGCUUUCAGAGUGGGAUGGCAGAAUGUCAACCAGUAUACGGUGUCCGAGAGAUAUGUUUGUGAAGUUGCCGCGUGUGAUACGUCUACAUAUUGUGAAUAAUGGAAUUAAUUACAUAAGUUACAGACAUAAUUCCAUUUGAAAUCGGUUAUAAUUGAAUGUAUACUGUAAUGAAAUUCAAAGCAAAAUAUU